UUUUAAUGAAUGAAAUCUGGUAGCAAAACAGUGGUCGUGUCUCUCUUCUUUCUUUAGUUCCAAGAGAAUGGUUCAAUGAAAGCAUCCUCUAGAAAGUUCUCAACUUUGGCUUCUUGUGGUAAAGCAGGGGACACAAAAGAAGACGUGGCAUUCACCAUAAAAGCCAAGAGAAUAAGACACCCGUGAACCAUUGCCUAAGUCACUUUAAACAUUUCAAUAGCAUUGAGGGUCCAACAACCUUAUUUUUGUGUUGUUUAACUUAUAAAAUCUUUUUUACAUGUACAAAUCUUCUUCCAAUGUGGUUUCUUUAUAUACAAGAUCUUGAAUACAAAACUUGUGAUCACAUCUUUAUGUAGAAGAAAACUCUGUCAACCACAAUAAAGUUUGCUUGUAGAAGCCUGUUGUUUUACACUAAAAUUCUUACAUCCAUUUCAUAUUAUUUUUUUCUCUUUUGUUUUACCCUAUUAGACAUCCAUUUCUCUCUGUUCCCAUGUGAGGUAUAUACUCCCAAUGAUCAUUGUGACCCUAAAUAUAGGAGCCAAGAAAGAGCGUACACCAUUCUCAUUAUCGUUCCUAUCCAUCAGCACAAGAGAAAAUGAAGAGGAUCCCAAGUUGUGUGUCUUCUUUUGCAAUUCAAAUUAUUCUUGUAGCUUCUAUUUCUGUUCCCUUCACACUAUCCCAACCAUCUUUCCAUGGGGAUGGUGACUUGGUAGACCAAAUAUGCAGAAAAACACCCUUUUACGACCUCUGCAGCUCCAUCCUCCACUCAAACCCACUCAGUCCAAAACCUGAUCUCAAAGCGGUGGCCCUCUUCAUGGUGAACAACAUUCUGGCAAAUGCAACUGAUACACUGAGUUACAUCGAGGGCCUCAUCAAGCAGACCCGAGACCGUGAGUUGGAGCAAGCCUUGGCCUUCUGUGCCGAGUCAUAUAUCCCUCUUAUCAAAUACAUUCUCCCACAAGCUGCUGAUGCUAUAAGCCAAGGCCGUUUUGGCUUUGCCAGUUACUGCAUUUCUGAUGCUCUCAAAGAAGUGAGUACCUGCGACAAGAAAUUCUCUGCCACAACUCAAGCUCCCUUGGGGGACAGAAACGACAUUGUGCAGAAGCUUGUGGAUGUAGCCUCCGCUAUAAUCAAACUUCUGCUAAAGGGCUGAUUUCUUCACCUCUCUUUUGUCUUCCAUUGCUUGCAGUUGUAGGUAAUAGUACUAUACUAGCAGUAGGCUCUUAUUAUUCUUAUUCAGUAAAGACAUUUAGAUGGUUGAUUUUGCAUAAUGUAUAUGCUUCAUCGAUUCAUUGUCUGUGUACUCUGAAGCAGCUCUUCAUAAACCAUACGAUUACUUCUCCACAAAGAAAGUGCUGUGCAACAAGCAUAUGAAUGCAACUCCCAUUAGACAUAAACCAAAACAUUUUCUUUCACUAUUUCAGAAGUUUCUUCUUCCACAGAUCGAGAGCUGUCACAGGUGUCAAUGUUCUAUGCUAACAAACUCAGAGCAUCCUGCUCUGUUUAUUAUUAUUUAACUUUUAGCCCCUAACUUCUUGUUUGAUUGCAAGUCAGUCCUCUCAUUAAUUGCACGUUAAGACGGAAAUGAAUGGAGGAGAUUUAGUGUGUGCAAGUCAAAAGUUGCUUUCAGUUUGAUUGAUAUGCAAAUACGGAGAAUAAAAACGUACGUUACUCUUGAGAAUAAGGUCAGCUUGAUUGAUAUCUUCUCGUUCUAUAGAAAAAAAAAUAUAAUAUUGAUCUUAAAACACAAAUAGAAAUAUUAUUGCGUUUUAUAUUUUACAAUAUCUAGCAUUAUGUAAUUGGAGCUGAGAUAAUAAUUAGCAAAGGACUUUCCUUCAAACACAGAUUUAGUAAUUUGAAAUUUUUGGGAAACCAGCUUUAUAUUAUAAAACUGAUUAAUACAGCUAGCUCUUUCAAAAACAAGUCCAACUAUUAGCACUUACUAGAAGCACGUUAAACGACUCCGAUUUGAAGAUAAACUUUACUUUAUUUCUGUUGUUGGGAUCCCAUAUGAAGCAAUUUCACGUGUUUAUGCUAAUAAAAGUCAAACUGGAAUCGCAUAAAGAGAGCCACACCUGACACCUUUUUUAUUAUUAAUUGAAAGUUAGAGUGCCACACGGCUGAACCAGAAUUUUUCUUUCUGUU